GGUGCCGCCCUUCCGCCCUCCCCGCCCCGCCCGCGUCACUGCCGGAGCGGCCCAAGAUGGAGCCUCUCCCCAGGCUCAGGCGCCAUUUGCGGCAAGGAGCAGAGCCCCCAAGUGCGUUGCUGCAGCCACUGUUCCGGGGUGGCAGGACAGCCGAAGAGACUACAGCUGUAGAGAAGAAAAAGAAGCCCUCUCCCAGACUCAACAUUCAUUCUGCAUUCUGGAUUUUGGCUUCUAUUGCUGUGACAUAUUACUUUGAUUUUUUUAAAUCUGUUAAAGAAACAAUUCAAGGAGAUAGUUGGUGGUUUGCCUCUGGCAGCUGUUUGUUGGCUGCGUGUUUAUCUGUUGCCUUUUACUGCAUAGUAUAUCUUGAGUGGUAUCGUGGAAUUGAGGACUACGAUGUUCAGUAUCCUGUACUGAUACCUGUCACAACUGUCACUUUUAUUGCAGCAGCAAUUUGUUUCAACAUUGCCUUAUGGCCAGUCUGGUCGUUUAUCACACCUGUAUUGUUGUUCAUUCAGUUUAUGGGUGUUGUGAUGCUUGUGUCCCUCCUAGGAUAAGUCAUUCAGCUUCGUGUGAAGAAUUCAAGUAACAAUUAUCCUACAAAGUGGGUGUUGCUUAAGUUGCAUUCCAGACUUCUGAUUACUAAGCUACCUGAUUUUAUAAAUGAAACUGACAUUUCAACCGUGGUUCAACCAGUGGCUGCAAGAAAGCAGAUGAUUAGUGAAUAAUUGAAAGAUAGAUUUUGUCUUAGUAACAUAAUGCAUUUCAUGCUUUCUUUGUAACAACAUUAUAAAACUGACUUAUUAGUCAUUCACCUAGUCUUAAAUCCCAUCUGGGGACUCCAGAGGUCACUUAGUCCAACUUCCUGCUUAAAGCAGGUUGAUUGGUUUGAAAAUAAGUGAUGCUUAAAUUUAAGUGUUUAGGGUUUUUAAUAUGUUAUUUUUACAUUCAAAUUGAUAGCUGAAAUACUAAUAUUUGGAAACUGAGCAUGUAAACUUGUGCCUAGAUGACAACAGAGGAGACAUUUAUUUAUCUACUAAAUUUAUAAUGUUAAGUGUAAUGUUAAUGUUAAUGUUACGUGUGUUAUAAUGAAGGAAAUAUUUCAUUGAUCUAACCCCUUGACUUCAAAUCUGUUAGUAUUCAAAAAAAGAUGUGGAUCUGAGUAAGGGUCUAGAAAGCUGAUUGAAAUUUACAUCAUUGAUAAUCUGACAGUGCCAACAAUGAAAUAAAUGGAUUACGCUUGUACUGACAUAAUUUGUCUACAGCCAAAGGCAGGUUAUCAAGCUGUGAGUAACCGGCAAUACGAUGAACAAUAGGAACAUUACACAAGAAAUUAAGAGCACGAAGAAAGUUAUUUUGAUUAUGCACGAUGUUUUAAUAUUCAGGAUGUUUUUAUUCAAAAAAGGAACUUUAAAGAAUUAAAAGUGCCUGUUAAUAGAAUUGGCACUUUUCCUUCCUCAGCAAUAGAGGUCAAUAUUAAAUUAAAAGCCAUUAACCAUACAUAUCUGAGAAAAUAAAAUAACAUUGUCAAUUUGUUCACCUUGGCUGUGAUACUUAAGUAUCUGGGCACCAUCUAGCUUCCAGACCAUUUUAUAUAUGUCAUUGUGUUAAAUACAUUUUGUGGAAGAUAGGAGAAUAUAAAAGCUGGGUGUUGAAACUUGCUUAAGUUUACUCUUUGUGGUUGUUGCUUGAAGUCUGGACAGUUAGAGGAGCCUAUGUUUGUUAUUCUGACUUUCAGAUUCACACCAUUGCUGAAAACACAAUGUGUGAAAUGUUUAGUAAUGAAAAAUGUAGACAUCUGAAGUUACUGCUGUUUCAUUGAAGAAAAAUGUUGCUGUCAGUAUCAUUGCAUAGGAUCAGUCAAACCAAAAUAAAAUACAUCUAGUACUAAGUAGCUUGUAGAGUUAACAGCUUGAUUUAAAAAAAAAAACAAAACAAAUAUUUGAGUUUUCAAAAAUAAUUUUACUUACAAGAUCUUAAAAUCUUCAUCUUUUAACAAAUUCCAACAAUUUUAUGUCUGCAUACACAUGUGCAUUGAGUUACUUUGUUCGCUGUGAUAUUUAAAUGCACUGUUGCUCAGGGAUGGUCAUUGUAUUUUUAUUUAUCAACUACAUAAAUGAUCUGGGUGCUUUAAGUUGCUUUGUCCUCUUGAAUUAAUAUUUGCUACUUGUUUGUUUCAAAUGUAUUCUUCUGGACAUCCUAAUAAACUUUGUAUAAAAGUGA